AUGUCGAACAACAACAGCUAUCGCACUGUCUACGCGUUCGCCAGGGAGAUGUACCCCAAGAAGAAGGACUCGUUUCUGCAAUAUGGAACAGCGGGAUUUCGAACUAAAGCCACCGAAUUGCAUCACGUAAUGUAUCGCAUGGGUUUAUUAGCUGUACUCAGGGCAAGGUACAAAAGAGCCGUCUGCGGGGUCAUGAUCACCGCUUCCCACAACCCGGAGGCCGAUAACGGCGUGAAAAUCGUAGACCCCCACGGGGAGAUGCUCGAGGAGUCCUGGGAAUCCUGGGCCACGAAAUUCGCUAAUGUAGUAGACGAGAAACUGGAGGAUACCAUCAACGAGGUGAUAAAGCUCUUCAACAUCGACAACAUGAACGAUCGAGUGGAAAUCGUGAUAGGUAAAGACACGAGACCGAGCAGCCCUACGUUAGCCAAAGCCGUGCAGGACGGGGUGCUGGCCUUGUCCGGUAAGCCCAUCGACUACGGCAUCAUCACCACGCCGCAAUUGCACUAUUUCGUCGUCUGCAAGAACACCCAUCGGGCCUACGGCCAACCCACCGAAGACGGUUAUUACAGGAAGUUAAUCAACGCUUUCCUGCGAGUGAGAGGCGAUAAAUACACCAAAGGCAACUACGAGAAUCGCGUAAUCUACGACGGAGCCAACGGAGUGGGCGCCAAGAAAGUGAAAUACCUCCGGGAAGUGCUCAAAGACAGUCUUUUAGUCGAAAUGUACAACGACGAAAUCAUCGGAUCCAAUAAACUCAACCACUUGUGUGGGGCCGAUUAUGUAAAGUCCCAGCAAAAGUUCCCCAACGGGGUACCCAAAGAGAAGAACGUUCGAUGUUGUUCGGUAGACGGAGACGCCGAUCGAAUCGUCUAUUACUAUCUAGACGAUAACGAGGUUUUUCAUCUGUUAGAUGGCGAUAGAAUAGCAGCCCUGGCGGCCUCUUACCUCAAGGACAUCGUCCAGAAGACGGGGCUCGAUCUCAACAUAGGGCUGGUGCAAACGGCCUACGCCAAUGGGGCCUCCACCGAUUACAUAUCGAACAAAUUGAAUAUAUCGGUGAGUUGUGUAUCAACCGGUGUGAAACACUUGCACAGGAAAGCCCUAACGUACGAUAUCGGAGUGUAUUUCGAGGCGAACGGGCACGGUACAGUUGUAUUCAGCGCUAACGCUAAAGAGAAAUUAUCCGCAGCUUCUAAGAAUAACAGUUGUUCGACCGAGCAAAAGGACGCUUGCAACAAACUACUCGACGUGAUAGAUUUGAUCAACGAAACAGUCGGCGACGCCAUAUCGGAUAUGCUGCUCGUAGAAACGAUCCUGCACGAACGAGGCUGGAACGUGAAGCAAUGGGAAGAUUGCUACGAGGAUUUGCCCAAUAAACUGAUGAAAAUCACCGUAAAGGACCGUAACGUGAUCACGACGACCGACGCCGAGAGGAUCUGCGUGACGCCGGCGGGCCUGCAGGACGCGAUCGCCGUCGCGGCGUCGAAGUACAAGCGAGGUAGGGCGUUCGUGAGGGCGUCGGGCACCGAGGACGUGGUGCGCGUCUACGCCGAAGCCGCCGGCGUCGAAGACGUCGAGGCGUUGGCGUCGGAGGUGGCUAGGAAGGUGUACGAGAUGGCCGGCGGCGUCGGGACGCUGUAA